AUGGACCUUGCAUCUGCAGAUCAACGCAGCAUCAAAUCAGAGACUACUGCUACUACUGCCGCCGGUUCGUCUGGUCCUGCUCCGAAGCCGAAACAGCGCAGUAGGCGCAAGCACAAUGAGGUCGAAGAUGAUCCGAGCAAGAGGAAGUGUGUGAGCACGGCGUACCACCGGCGGAAGGGCGUCUACAAGCAUGACGCCGAUGACUCCAAGACGCGGAAUUCGACCUUGAACACCCUGGUCUCGGCGAUCCUGAAUCUUCAAGAGCAUGAAGCGUUCGAUCUUGUGCGAGAGAUAAGGGCAUGCGAGAGCUUAGACGCUGUUGCAGCAAAAGUGUCGGAGAAGGAGUACGGCCUCACGCCUGAAGCGGAUGAUGAGGGCCAAAAUGUCGACGACAAUGGCGUUGCUCAGCUGCCGCCGUUCGAGAGACAGGUGUAUGGCAAGAUGGCAGACUUGCAGCUAGAUGACGGGUCUGUCCGGUACAUUGGAGGCACAUCCCACUUGUUGCACAUCAACGAGGAUCAGUUGACGGACGAUGCGGAAGACUAUAUUCAGCAGGAGAACGCCGUCACCUCUUGGACACGUGUGACUUCGGACCCAGAGCUCGUCCUACACCUCUUGAACAUGUACUUCACCUGGCACUACGCCUACUUCUGCACACUGACGAAGACAUUGUUCUACCGCGACUUUCUGCUGGGAUACGCACCGAGCACCAAACGGAAGACGCAUUACUGCACACCACUGCUGGUCAACGCUAUGCUUGCCCUCGGCUGCCACUUCACAAGUCGGAGAGGUGCUCGGGAAGAUCCUAGUGACUCGGCCACUGCUGGCGAUCACUUCUUUCGGGAAGCAAAGCGCCUAAUACUGGAAGGCGACCUUCAUGAAGUCCCUAGGCUGACAACCGUCCAAGCACUGGCUUUGAUGUCCGUACGAGAAGCUGGCUGUGCACGAGAAGCAAAGGGCUGGGUGUACAGCGGGAUGUCGUUUCGCAUGGCCUGCGACAUGGGGUUGAACCUCAACACCGGCCAGCUUACCAAGGCGAAACACACCGAUAACGCUGAAGCGGAAGAGGACGUCAGGCGGAUAACAUUCUGGGGCUGCUUUCUGUUCGACAAAUGCUGGUCCAACUACCUUGGACGUCUGCCGCAGCUACCGACAAGCAUCAUCACUGCGCCCAAACCCGAAGUCUUUCCGGAAGAAGACUCUGCCCAGUGGACGCCAUACUCGGACUCCGGCUUCUCGCAAGCACAUGCUCAGCCCGCAAGGACUCGAGCAGUGGCACUGCAGAUCUCUAAGCUGUGCGAGAUCAGCAGUGACUUGAUGAACUACUUCUACAAUCCAAUGGACAUGGACAAGCCCCGGGGCCGGUCAGCGGAGCUCAAGAUGCUCAGUUCCAUCCACACCCGAUUAGAAUCAUGGCGGAGAGACUUACCGAAGGAGAUGGAACCGAGAGAAGGCGGACUGUCAAGUGUGUUGACGAUGCACAUGUUCUUCCAGCUGUUGUUCAUUCAUCUAUUUAGACCCUUUCUGAAGUAUACGCAAAACACAUCGCCACUGCCGCAGACGGUCAGCCCGAGAAAACUGUGUACGCAGGCGGCUCAGACGAUUUCGAAGUUGAUGCGGCUUUACAAGCGAAGUCAUGGCUUACGACAAAUAUGCAACAUCUGUGUCUACAUUGUGCACAGCGCAUGCACUAUACACUUGCUCAACCUCCCCGACAAGAAUGCUCGCAGAGACUUCGUGCACGGUGUGAAACACCUCGAAGAGAUCGCCGAGGGAUGGCUCUGCGCACGGCGAACGCUAGGUAUCUUGAGCAUGCUGGCUCGGAAGUGGAAGGUUGAGUUGCCUGAAGAGGCGGCAACAGUCCUGGCCCGGACUGAUAGCAAAUUCGGCCGUUACGCGAGUGAUACGCCGUCGCCUGAACGGAGCUCAGCGAUGCAGCCUCAGCAAUUUGCGGUCCAGCAGACUCAGCCGGCGCCCGCACCACCUCCUACGACCAACGGAUACUCUGGUUAUGCACCGACAUCGAACGCGAUGCCUGGUCUUCAGCAACAGAUGCCUUCGAACGGCGGCUCAGCGAACUACAACCCACCCGCAUCUCAAGAGCCUCGUACGCAAGGCUUCUCAGUCCCCAAAACAAGCAGUCCAAGCGAUAUGUUCGGCGGUGUGGAGCAAUUAGUCCGCGACAGCCACAGAUGGGUCGAGCGCGACCAGACACAGCUCGCCAAUGGUUUUGAGAACUGGACUGGAUUCGACGUCGAUCCGUCCGUGUGGGCGAAUGGCACGAUGCCUAUGGCAGCGCCAAUGACCGGAGCGUCGGUUGCGCCUGCGAUGGGCAUGCCUGCUGCGCAAGCGGGGAUGUAUGGGAUGGGUGGUAAUGCAUACCCGGGGAUGGAUUGGGGGAAUGGGGCGUUUGGGUACGGUAAUGUCGGGUACAAUGUUGAUGAGUGGUAUGACUUAUGA